AUGCUGCAGAUGGUCGAGGUACACAAAAUUACCGCUGCAGCGACUGAGGUGACAACUGCGACCACCACCACCACAACCACCCCAACUAUGGCAGCCUCUGCUACAUUUGGCUCGGUGCCUGCCUCUCAUUCUCGUUCCUCUUCCGCUGCCUCCUCCUCUUCUGUGUCCUCCUCCCCUACACUGUCCUCCACUUCAUCUCGGUCGGCCAGCGCCCGCAAAGCCAAUGUCGCAGCCUGUCCUCCCACGAAUAAUAAUAAUAAUAAUAAUGUAACCAACGACAUGAACAGUUUUCCAAUGGUGACUGAUGAUAAUGCCGCAAUCGACACUGCGAUCACCACCACUACUGCUGCCAAUAUUACUCCGGCCACUGACCACAACACGAUCGUCAACAUGACUCCUGCUCCAACAUCGGCAACAGAUGAAGAUAACUUUGCAGCAGUACUUGAAGAGUCUCCAUCAGCAGAGGAUGCAGCGACAGCAGAGGAUGCAGCAACAGUAGCGGAUGCAGCAGCAACAGCGGCUUCCUUUGAAGUUGACAAAGACUUGGACACUGCUCCACCUGGCAACAGCAAUGGAAGUGUGGUGACCACCCCAGAAGAGGGGAGGACCAAUGCUACCUCUCCUCUCAGUAAUCCAGAUGACGAAUCGUCUACAAACAUUCCUAAUAAGAUAACCACCAAAGUUUAUGUAGAAAAACAGUUAAGCAAGAGCAGUUCCCUCUCAAACACGACCCCGGACUGUUGCCACCGUGCUGAUGCAGACACGGAACUGUCUCCGGAGCCAAAGAUAAAGCGUCGGAAGGCAGUACGCCGGACAAAGAGCUCUUUAGAGAGCUGGUAUGGUCAGGCUAUCAGCACUGGCAGUACCCCUGGGUCGCAGUCACACCACCAGCUCCAGCGAUCGCUGGACUGUGCCCUUGCCUCCCGUCAGAGGCCUAGGCUUCUUCCGCUUGAUAACAAAGACAGUAGCUGCCUUGUAUCAUUCGAUCGCUCGCACUCAAAUAGCCUGGAACGUGAGAAUCCGAAACGGCUGCGGCGUCAAGCCCAUGUAGACAGUGGGGGAGCUGAUUCAGAUGGCACAAAUACAGAUGAUAGUAUUUUUCGAUACCGGACUUUGACCCCAAGUACUCGGUCCCUGGAUGCCAAGAUAAAACGCUGGCUAAACGGUAAGAAGUCUCCCGCGAGCAGCAGUACAGACAAGAAGACUUUGUAUCGGGCAGAUCACAAACUUAGGUCAUCUCAAAGAACGUCAUUCCCACCGGCACGAGGCCACCGUUAUCCCAUUGCGUUGCAUAUCCCCCAGUCUUCAAGCUGCAAGGGUGCACUGGAUGUAAAUGUUGGGGAUAUAUUUACAGGGCUGAAGGAUAUCCGCAAUAACAAACGCCCUUUUUCGGGUGCACUCGUUAGUGGACAGAGGAUGAUCUCAGGACAAGCUGUUGUAGAGACGACACCAACAUCAAUUGGAGCUUCUGCAGCUGCACCCCCAGCAGUCAAGAACAGAGAUUCUGGCAUGUUCCGAUUUAUGCGACUGUUGCACAGCUCUGAUGAGAAGAAGCCGGAGCCAGUACAAUCACAGCAAAGUAGCGUUGUGGGGCUGGAUUGGCUGUUCAGUACUGACAGCGAGUCUGUUAGUUCAGACCCUCCAUUAGCUCCCUCCUUCUCUGGCCUCUCUGUUAGCUUCCCCGCCCGAUCUCUGGCCUCUCUCCUCUCCCCCCAAUCUUUGGCCCUCUGCUUAGCCUCUCCCCACCUCCCUUGGCCUCUGUUAGCUCUUUCCCCUUCUGGACCCUUUGUUAUUUUUUUUUUUUGUCACUUUCAGAUCCCUUCUCUUGUCAGUUUUUUCCCCCAAAACUCCCUUUGUUAUUACCCCCCCAUCGGACCCUCUGUUACUCCCCCCUUCUCUGGACCCUCUGUUACUCCCCCCUUCUCUGGACCUCUGUUACUCCCCCCUUCUCUGGACCCUCUGUUUACUUUCCUUCUCUGGACCCUCUGUUACUUUCCCCGCCUUCUCUGGACCCUCUGUUACUUUCCCCGCCUUCUCUGGACCCUCUGUUACUUUCCCCGCCUUCUCUGGACCCUCUGUUACUUUCCCCGCCUUCUCUGGAUCCUCUGUUACUUUCCCUCCUAUCUAGACCCUGUCUUUUUUCCUCACACUCAAUUGCCAACUUCCUCACCAAACAUCUCUCUCUCUCUCUCUCUCUCUCUCUUUUUUCUUUUUUUUUUCAUGGAUAGCAAGAACAUUUUUCUUUUUUCUUUUUCUCUCUUUUCUCUCUUUUCUCUCUCUCUCUUCUCUCUCUCUUUUCUCUCUCUUUUCUCUCUCUCUUUUCUCUCUCUUUUUCUCUCUCUUUUCUCUCUCUCUCUCUCUCUUUCUCUCUCUCUUUUCUCUCUCUCUUUCUCUCUCUCUUUCUCUCUCUCUCUUUCUCUCUCUCUUUCUCUCUCUCUCUCUCUCUCUUUCUCUCUCUCUUUUCUCUCUCUCUCUUUCUCUCUCUCUCUCUCUCUCUCUCUCUCUUUUCUCUCUCUCUUCUCUCUCUCUCUCUCUCUCUCUCUCUCUCUCUCUCUCUCUCUCUCUUUCUCUCUUUCUCUCUUUUAA